UCAAGCCGGUCUGAGAGUGCUGAGUCCCCCUGCUCGCAAGGAGUCGCUGCGAAGCCGUCGCACCUAGACAGGACGAGGCUCGGAGGCUGCCGGGUGUGGAUCACUGCCUUUUUAUCUCUCCUAUCGGGGCGGCCGGCUGGCUAGCUGGCUGGUUCAUCUCCGCAAUGGCGGUGACGAGGAAGAUCGCAAUUCGCCUGGCAUAUUCGGUGGUUGGGAUGAUCUCGGGGCUGUCGGCCUUCCUCGCCUGGAACUUGGCGCCGAGACUGCGGCAGCCUUACACCGCCUCAGCCGGCGGACUCUCGGGUGUCUUGGCACUCUGGGCCCUAAUCACACAUGUGAUGUAUAUGCAGGACUAUUGGAGAACCUGGUUGAAAGGUCUGAGGUUCUUCAUGUGUGUUGGCAUUUUCUUUGGCAUACUCUCCGUGGUGGGAUUGUGCACAUUCCUGGCCCUGGCCAUCAUAAAGAAACAAUCCUUUACAGAUCCACAGAGCUACUAUCUAUCCUGCAUCUGGAGCAUCCUUUCCCUCAAGUGGGCUUUUCUCCUUGGCUUAUACUCUCAUCGGUACAAGAAGGAGUUUGCUGACAUCAGCAUUCUGAGUGACUUCUGAGAUCCUGAAUGUCCAUUCCAUCAAAGAAAGACCCUGGAGGGUCAAGGAAGGCUAUUGUUCAUCUGAUUGACAGUUGGAGGCAAGGGGUUGGCCAGAAGGCGGCUGAAAGAAACAGACGGCAGGUACCUGGCCUGCUUCUGCAUUUUGUUUGCUGGUCCCAUUAGGAACGCUUCCUAAUUGCUUUUGUCCAGUCAUUCGCCCUUUUGACUAGUUCUAUUUGUCCGUGUGUGCUCGUCAUUCACAAAGACUUUGUUGUUUGAAUGGAUGAUUCAAGAUGUCCAGCAGGACCUGAGUUUUUGUCCCAAGUCUCUAAUGCCUAUGGCCUAUGGCAUUUUUCAUAGUUUUUUUUUUUUUCUCUUUAACGAGAAGCCAACUUUCCCUUUUGGGACAGGAGCAGGGGCAAAGUCUAUGGUCCAGUCUUAUAAAGCAAGGAUUGAUUUGUACGCCUUUCAUACAGAUGUAUUUUUAUAGCUCAAGGUGUGAAUCCAUUUUAAAACAACUUUUUUUAAAAGCAAGCUUUCCUCCCUUUCCUGGUGCUUUGGUGAGGAGGCUUACAAUUGUGCUGCUGGUGUUGGUCAUCACAGUUUAGGGACAAGAAAUGUAUGUUGUGAACAAAACUGUACUCUGCACCUUUUUUUCCUUCUUACCAGUCUUAAAUAGUUAAAAUGGAUGUUUCUUUAAUUUGAGUUAGGCAAAGCUAAAUACUGUUACAAAGGCAUCUGCAGUUUUGAAGAGUGACCACGUGGGUUAAGAAGGAAAACAACAUUCCUAUCCAAACGUUUUCCCUUCCCUCAUAGCUAUCUGGUCAACAUAGGGAGGGACCUGGAGAAUUCCAGAUGUUGUUAAUUACAGCUGCCAAUAGCCUCAGCCAGUGGUGAUAAAUAUCACAGCCUGGGCUUCAGAAAUAUCUGAAGGGCCCCGAGUUCCAUAACGCCAGGCCAUUAUCUACACAACACUUUGCUUUUUUGUGUUUGUGUCUAAAGCUGAUAGUUGUCUGUUUCUUGCAGACUGGGACAAAAAUCGAUAAUUGCCACAAUUAUCUUAUUCUCUGCUUUUUCUUCUGGUUGAAUAGGAAUUCAGUGGUGAAUGAGUUACGCAUGGACUGUUGGCCAAUGAAUUUGGGGUGGUCAUUCCUUCAGUGGAUUCACUUUUUGCAACAUUCCCGGCAUAAACUAAUUUACAAAAAGAAAAAAAAUGCAUUUUGUUUUAGCAGAACACUUAGCUGAAUUAGAUCAAACUUGUAUGAGAUAGAGUUGAAGAAGUGGGAUGGGUACCACAUAUGAGAAUAAAUGGUGAAUUGGGAAUUUCUCACCUGGACAUAUUCUUGCCAUUAUAAUCUCACUUAAAAUGUUUCAGUUGUUAUACAGUGGAUGUGUUUGAAUGGGGGAUGUGUUGCACUGUUCCUCCUUCACCUAUUUCUCCCCAUUUUCCUUAUGCUGACCUGACAAUGGGGUAUGCAAUCCUCCUCUGUCUUUCUGUCCUACUCUAAGAGCCCUUAGCAUUUCCUUGGGGCCAACACUUGUCCUCCAUCCAAAGGAUAGAUUAUUGAGAUUUGGAGUAACCUUAAUUUGAACGCAGAAUUAUAGAGGAUGACCUGUCUUUUAAACUUCUGUAUCUUUACAGAAGACCAGUAUUUCUCAAUCUUGGCAGCUUGAAGAUGUGAGGACUUCAACUCAUGUUGAUUGGGGAAUUCUGGGAGUUGAAGUUCACAGAUCUUGAAGCUCCCAAGGUUGAGAAACACCGGCAUAGACUUUUGUGUAGAAUGAUCUCUAAUCAGGCAGCUGUGGCCAACCCAAUUGAUCCUAAUAUGUCAGGAAACACUGGGGUGCGAACCAAGUGGCUCAUAGUUCCCUUUGGAUUUAUGGGCUAGAAGGCAGAUGUAGAAAUGCUUCGAGUUUAUUUCGACAAACUCCUCAUACUUCAGAUGCCAUCCUAUUUGUCGAAUAUGCCACAUGGUACUUUCAUCAGGUUUGGUGAUCUGCACUUCAGGGAUCAGUUCUUUUGAAAAACACUUCCAACGGCACAAAAGGGAUUGAUACAUGCAGGGACACCAAAUCUUCACAGGCAAUUUAAGACUAUUAGAACAGAUCUAGUUGACCCAAAAUGUCCCCCAUAGAAUGAAGAUACUAAUAGAGUAAAAUAUCACUUACUAAGGAGGUUGUGGUGAAGAAAAAAAAAAGGUAGCCAGCCUGAUGCCAGGCAGUGGAGAAGGUGGGCCUUUGUAUCCAUGCUGUGCUUUUAUGUAAUAACGUUGCAGAAGACCCAAUGGUGAUGCAUACCUUCAUCCACUUUUUUUUUUAAUCUCGCUGUUUCAUGUCUGCUGAAAUUCAAACAGCAGAUUAGGUUUUGUGUUUUGCUUUCUCCAUGUGCAAUAGGUAUGUGACAGGAAAAUGGUUCACCCAGGUGAAGUAUGUUCGCAUGCCAUUUUUCUUAUUAAUAAAAUAAAUCUAAAAAAAA